UUGAUAUUUCGUGUAGAGAGUUAUGUUACCGAUACACACGUGUUUGGCCUUGUAUUUGAAAUUAAUUUUUUCCUUUUCAUUAUUUUAGCUUCACCUAUCCAUCUUAAGGUACUUAUUCCUGCAAUUGCUGCAGGUGGAGUCAUAGGAAAAGAUGGUGAGGCAAUCGAACGAAUUCAGAAGGAAAGUGGAGCCAAAGUUAAAAUGUCCAAACGCAACGAUUUUUAUCCAGGCACUCUAGAGCGUGUUUGCCUUAUCAUCGGUUCACUGGAAGCCGUGGCGACGACCCACGUUUUCGUAAUGGAACGCAUCUACGAGAAACCUGAUGCCAGCGCGCAGUCCGUGGACGGUCGUUUGACGCUUGAGCGACACAAGCAGGUCAGCUUCAUCCUUCCGCACUUUUCAAAAAUUUAUCCUCCUUUAUACUUAUGUUGA